AUCCCAAACCCGGGUUUGCAGCAGUGUAAAACAGAAAGCAGAGAAGGUAGAUGCUGCCAGGGCGAUCGCAAUCUCUUCCUCUUCCAAACUGCAGCUUGGGACUCUGAUUCUAAAGGCUCCUUACCGCGCAGCCUGAAGCUUCACCAUGGUGAAAAUCGCCUUCAACACCCCCACCGCCUUGCAAAAGGAGGAGGCACGACAAGACGUGGAAGCCCUUGUGAGCCGCACUGUCCGAGCUCAGAUCCUGACCAGCAAGGAGCUCCGAGUUGCCACCAAGGACAAAGAGAGCUCUGGGAGAUGCAUGCUUACUCUCUUAGGCCUUUCAUUCAUCUUGUCAGGACUUAUUGUUGGUGGAGCCUGCAUUUACAAGUACUUCAUGCCCAAGAGUACCAUCUAUCGUGGAGAGAUGUGCUUCUUUGAUUCUGAGGACCCUGGAAAUGCCCUUCCUGGAGGAGAGCCUUACUUCCUGCCUGUAACUGAGGAAGCUGACAUUCGUGAGGAUGACAACAUAGCAAUCAUUGAUGUACCUGUUCCCAGUUUCUCUGAUAGUGAUCCUGCAGCAAUUAUUCAUGACUUUGAAAAGGGUAUGACUGCUUACCUGGACUUGCUGCGGGGUAACUGCUAUCUGAUGCCUCUUAAUACCUCCAUUGUUAUGCCUCCAAAAUAUCUGGUGGAGCUCUUUGGAAAACUGGCAGUAUGUACUUUACAGCUUAAACUUUGCUUUAAGCAUUUCUAA